UUUGUUUAUGUCGUAGACAUAGGUAGACCGGGUUAUUUUAAAACUAGUGAACUUAGUCUUUCAAGAUGGUCCACAAGGCGAUAAUAAAUAUUGUUCGGUACGAGUAUCAAUAGCCGCGCUUAUAUAAUGAUACAUUUUCAAGUGCGUCGUAUUGUUUCUUGACGCCAUAUCACAAAAGUCAGGAUUAGAUAAUAUUCAUUUGCACCAUUCCAAUAAACCACAUUCGUGAUACCUGUUUGUAUUCCAUUAUCAUCACCUGUCAGAGAAUUCUCAGUAAUGGACAUCGAAAAAACCGCCAACCAUAACCUGAAAUGCAGUAUUUGUAAAAACUACCUGAACGUAGCCCCUGUCCUCGCUUCAGAAGACGGCAAAAUCAUAAAAUGCGGCAGAUGCCAACUCAAAGGACCGCAUUUGAAGAACAGAAACUCCCUGUACGAAUCUAUCGGCGCCAAACUCAACUUUCCCUGUAUGAACAAGGAAUGCAGCAGCAGAAUGUCCUGGAACGACGUCCAACGCCACGAAAAGUCCUGCAAGCACAGGCAAAUCAACUGCCCGUUCUGGAACUGCAGAGAAAAAGACAUCAGGUUUGCCAUAAACAGCGACAUCAGUCACUUCGAAACGAGUCAUCCCGGUUCCAUUCACUACGGCAGCGGAAUCACCUUGAACCUCAAAGUCAUAACGCACCUGCAGUCCUUCAUGAAGCUCCUUGUAGUGAACGAUGUCCCCUUUUUGGUGCUGAUCCACUGCAUCAAAUUCGGGGAAGAAGUCUUGGUAGGAGUGUUCGGCUUCGACAGCAAAGCGUAUGAGUACCACUUGAAAAUCCACUCGGACCAGCACGACAGGAGACACGUUUUCUUCAAGGAGAGUACCAUGCUGUACGAUGAAGACCAGCACUGCUUAUACUGUCUGCAGAACCUGUGCGUCCUUCAAAGUCACAGAUACUCUAAGGUUCAUCCAGAAAAUAAAAAAGACAUCUACAAGUUUUAUUCGAAUGUUACGACCCUAGCGACAAAGACUUUAUUGCAGACGGAGAAUUUGUUGUUCGAUAUCAGUAUUUUUGAGAGCAAAGUGAAUGGGGAACAAGAGGAUUGAUGUAUGGGUAUUAUUUUGUGAUUUCUAGUUGUUAAUUUUAUCUGUUAGUAUCAAAAGUGGUUAACGAAUAAAAAAAUUAUCAUUCAUA